UCGACUAGAAUGCGACCGUUAAUCAGUUCGAAUUGGUUGAAAUGUUAACGUAUGGUAUGGUGUAAUAAAUUACCUGCAUAUAUAUAUAGUUACGAGUUUGUGUAGUACGUUUACGAAUAUGGUAAUGAAUUUAUCAUCAUCUUGAGGCAACAGUUGUAGGUAAAUCGCGACCAGGCUAGCUUUUGUGAUUACUAGUUGACUCUCUCGACAGACUUUACACUUGACCAAGGCAGCACCAUCAUCUCAGCAUCAGCCGCCGACGCAAUUGUCUUUGCCAUCUCAGAGAUCGUUGGCUUAGCGGUGAAACGUGUGGCCUUAUAUACCUGUGUCCAUACGGGGUCAUAAAUUUAUAACCAUACUAUAUCAAAGUAUUCCGAACAUAGAACAUGUUCCAGUUAUACUCGUACUGCUCGUAGCUUCGUCGGGAUUCAAACGAGCGACGAGCUUCGCAUCCAAUCCAGCAAUCAUUUUGCCAAGGUGGCAUUUCUCUCUCUCUCUCUCUCGAGCAUUGAAAAAUGUUAAAAUCCGAAUCAACGAAACACUGCCGCAAACGUAUGGAAGGAUAUUCGGAAAUCACAGAACGUGAAAUUGUUCCAGACAUUCGAAGCGAUAUAUUUCGUACGAAAAGUAAAUGCAUUAAUUGCAAAUGGCUGAUAACGUGUUUGAUAAUAACUACCAUCUUGGUGGCCGGAAUUGCUUACGUCCUUAUAAAAGAAUUGAAUUCAAAGUUGGACUCGGUAUCGUCUGCGUACAGUUUCAAAAACGAUAUACUUCAUCCGAAAUGGGCAAACAGAUCGUUUCGAUCGAAUGGUACGGAUACUAAAACUUUAAACCGUAUUGACUCAUCGAGUCCUCCCAUACACGAUAGGAAAAAGCGAAACGUUUCGAAUACAACCGACGAAGACGAAAUCAAUUCUAAUUCCAAACUUUACGAAUUUUCCACUAUUAACCCAUCCGAGGAUCUUGAAGAAACCAAUUCUAGUUCUCAGCUAGAUAAAUACGCCGGUAGAUUAUCUCGACAAUACGAUAAUUUCAAAUCAGCUAUGGAUGAUUUUUUGGUCGAGCUUAAAAACUACUUUUCGACUACAUCUCGAAAACGUUCGCCCAAAUUUCAAAAUAAAUCCGACUUGAUAUCGUUUAAUCAACGUAUCGAUAAUGUCGAGGAUCGUAGUACUCAGAGGUCUAAAACUGAAACCAAGGUUACCGAGCUUAUUUCCAGUAGUGCACCUGACCAAGCGAACGUCUCCAGCUCCGUGGUCGCAGGUGUCGAUUCUAACAAUGAUGGCUCGAAAUAUUUAAAUACGGUUACGAUGAAGGCAGCCAUGCCGAACACCAGUACGACGAGUACAUCACCUGCAUCCCAGCUGCCUCUGACUAGUCGUACGGAACUGGAAAAUCAUUUGGAAAACUCCGCAUUAAAGCAUGACGUAAUGUCGUCGACCAAAAGCACCGUAAGCGGUACUUCUGGAGAUGAAAAGACCGACGUUGAUGCGAACAACAACUAUCAUCAAAAUACCACUAGCCGAUUUUAUAAUCCUACUGGUGAAAAUGAUGGCGAAUUUUCAAAGGGAUCAGAAUCGAUUCCAACGAGCAAAUAUACGCAAAGUCAAAAUUCCUCAACCCAAAGUGAUCUUCAGCUGACUACAAUCACUACACGAUCUGACGACAACAAAUUCCAGCCAAGCCAAAAUCCUCGCAAUUUCGAACACGAAUCUGCUACUAAAAUUGAUGAAGAAUCGCCCAGGGGACCGAAUUCAACUUCAACGAGCAAAUCUCCACAGAGUCAAAAUGCCUCAACCCAAAUUUCAGAUCCGAUUCUAACAAGCGAAUCUGCACAAAAUCAAAAUUCCUCAACUCAAAGUGAACUUCAGCAGACUAAAAUUACCACACGAUCUGACGACAACAAAUUCCAGCCAAGCCAAAAUCCUCGCAAUUUCGAAAACGAACCUGCUACUAAAAUUGAUGAGGAAUCGCCAAGGGGACCAGAUUCAACUUCAACGAGCAAAUCUCCACAAAGUACUCAAAACCCCUCGACCCAAAGUGAGCCUCAGCCAAGUCUAAAUCCUCGAGAAUCCGAACUUGAACCAGCCAAACCAGUUCCAGAUCCAGAUCCGAUUCUAACGACGAGCGAAUCUCCUCAAAAUCAAAAUACCUCAAUUCAAAGUGAUCUUCAGCAGACUAAAAUUACAACACGAUCAUCUGACGACAACGUAUCCCAGCCAUGUCAGAGUCUUCCCGAACUUCUCAAACAGCUAAAUAAAACAGUCAGCGAACUCGAGCAACUCCUUUAUUCGACAACUCAAUGCGAAAAUGAUUCGAGUGAAAUAGAUCCGGUGAUCUCAGAAGGGCUCAAUACGACAACAACGGAAACAAACAUAAUGAAAAUAUCUCCAAAAACGACCUCAUCUUACACAGAAGCCACUACCUCGCCUCCGCCAGAAAUUCAGACAACUACAAGUACCAGCAACCCAGACACCUCCGAGAUUUUCGGCAAAGCAGAAAUCGAUGAAAACAUUUCGAACACGACGAGUGAAACACCAUAUCCUGAAGACUCAACGUACCAGCCAAUCAACGAAACGUUCAUAACUGAAAUACAGAAACGAGUGGACAUCGUGUAUAACGAGACGAUGAGCAUAAUAAAGAAUUCCACGUCGAAAACGUAUUUAUUCGAAAACUUGGACGAAUAUUCGGACAUGGAUGAAAUUCUAGCCCAAUUAAUCGAUCGUCUGAAACGCGAGUCGGAUCGAAAACGUCAUUCUAGAAAUACAGCAGAGGACGCGGAUAACCAAUGGCAUUUGUAUUGUUACCAAAAAGUGUCAAAAGCAGAUGGCAAAUUCGACGUUAAAUUCGUCAAAGUGCCUCUGAACGAAUCUGAAAUCGAGAAAAUUCCCUAUUUGGAACGCGAUGAAAAUCCGAGCUACGGAGCUCAUUCCCUCAACACUCAUAAAGACUUUAAGCAAUACAUGAAUCAGAACGAAACUAUCGAGCAGGUGGAUAAAUUGACCAUUUCGUCGGAAAAUGAUCCGCAAGGCUCGAAAUACUAUUGCACCUAUAGUCAAGCCAGAGAUGCUACUAAGGAUACCGAAAAAGAUCUCGAGGAGCGAUUAAAAAUGUUCCUGAUGAACGCUAAAAUCAAAUGGAAUGAUAUCGAGGGUGAGGUGUGCUCGAGUAAUGAAAGGAUAUGCGCUGAUGGAAGCAAAUGUAUCUCAGCCGAUAGCUGGUGUGAUCAAAAAAUCGACUGCCUUAAUGACUAUAGCGACGAGUUGAAUUGCACUUGCGUCGAUCUCAUGCACGACGACAAACGCUGCGAUGGAUAUUUCGACUGUCCAGAUGGUGAAGAUGAAAAAGACUGUUUUGGUUGCCCGAAAAAUUCAUUCAACUGCUACGAUUGGACGACACACAAGCAAGAACUUCGAGCGAGUUGUGUUCCAAUGGAGAAAAGAUGCGACAAUGUGCGCGACUGUUCAAACGGAAAAGAUGAAAAGGAUUGCGAACUGCUAGCUGAUGAAGUUACUUCGCAUGACACAUUCUUAAUAUCCUACAAUACUGGUUACCUUCAUCGCAACUGGAAAGGAAUAUGGUAUCCUGUAUGCAAGGACAUAGCAUCGUACUUCUCUACAAGCGCUUGCAAGUCUGAAUUAGGAGAUGAAGACAUCAAAGAUGUCAAUACGUAUAGAAAAGCGAUACCAGGUUUUUACGCAGGCAAAUUUAUUGUGGAAAAUGGUUACGGUAUUGAAGUAACGGAUCGAUGUGAGCUGGGAAACAGUGUUGUCUACGUGGAAUGUCCUGCGGAUUAUUGUGGUUCCAGAGUGAUAGCGGAUAACAACCCCAAAUAUGAAUUCAAAAGAGAAACUCGAGAGAUGUCUUCAGAAAACGAAGAGGUCUUGAAUAUUCUGACUAUGAGUCGAUCCGAAGAACGAGUUGUAGGUGGAGAGGUCAGUGGUGCUGGAUAUUGGCCAUGGAUCGCGGCACUUUAUAAAAAUGGCGAAUUUCAUUGCGGUGCUGAGAUUCUAGAUGAGAAUUGGCUGCUGACUGCAGCCCAUUGCGUCGAUCGUUAUCAAGACCACUACUACGAAAUACAAGCCGGUAUUUUGAGGAGGUUGUCAUUUUCUCCCAUGGAACAGAUCAGAAAGGUGACCAAUGUGGUGGUGCACACGCGAUACAGUCGUUCCGAUAUGAAAAAUGAUAUCGCUCUUCUGCGAGUUGAUCCGCCUUUGAAAAUGAAUAGAUGGGUUCGAUCAACUUGUUUACCAGAAGGUCGACCUCCUUGGGGACCUCUGCCAUCAGAACUUUGUACGGCGGUAGGAUGGGGAGCCAUGAAGGAGCAUGGACACGAUCCUGAUAACAUGAGAGAGGUAGAAGUACCUAUUUUGCCAAAUUGUAAGCAUCGGGCUGACAUUCAGGGGCAUGAAAUUUGCGCCGGGUACAAAGAAGGUCAGCACGACACUUGUCAGGGCGACAGUGGAGGCCCUCUACUGUGCAGAAUACCGCUGAGAAGGGACCACUGGUACCUUGCGGGCAUCGUAAGUCACGGAGAAGGUUGCGCACGUCCAAUGGAACCAGGAGUUUAUACCCGUAUUGCUUUAUACAUAGAAUGGAUACAACUUAAAACUAAUGACAACGAAUUGUUACGGUAUCACAAAACUUCGCCCGUUUGCCCAGGCAUCAAAUGUCCCAAUGGAGGCAGAUGUAUCUCUCGUCACAAAAUGUGCGACAAAGUGAUGGAUUGUUUACACGGCGAAGAUGAAACAGAUGCGAGUUGCCUGCUCAGUCCCGCGUACCGCCGAAGCUCUUCGGAAAAUGAACAUUUCAAUACUACGGUUGGAAUGACGCGAGUACAAAGUUUGAAUUCGCUGAAAAAAUCAACGGGUAGUUCGGAAAAAUCCAAGAAAGCUCCUACGAGUAAAUUCAACGUGUUCAAAGAUUGGUGGCCUGGCAAUUACCACUAUAUGGAUAAAAAUGAAACAUACGUUUGCAAAAUUAUCAAUCAAAUGAUCCCCAAAGUGUGGUAUUGCGAUGGUGAGGUUGACUGCAACGAUGGAACUGACGAGAUAAAUUGCACUUGCGCGGAUAUUUUCAAAACGAUCGAUUCGUCGAGAAUUUGCAACGGUGUGGUUGACUGUAGCGAUUGGUCUGAUGAGAAGAAUUGUACCAGAAAGAAUUCUACCUCGAAUGACGAUUAUUUGUGCUAUCAAAGUUACACUUGGAUUAAUAGAACCAAAGUAUGCAAUGGGGAAUCUGACUGCCCUAAUGGAGAGGAUGAGAAACACUGCUAUGCUCUCAGCGAAGAUGCUUACAACUUAACUACAGACCCUUUUGAGAUUCCUGCUGUUUUUCAAAACGGAACGAUAAUGGAAAAUAAGAAUGGCACCUGGAAAAUAUAUUGUUCUCCGGAGCAAUUAGUUACUGAAAUGCAAAAAAUAUGCCAAAAUUUAGGUUUUAAAGACCUAUUUAAUUACAAACAUCAAAGAGUAGUUGGAAUGAAAUCAUGCAUUUCUAUCGACCUAUACUGUACCAGCUAUCGAGAUGAAACCACGAUUCUGCCUUGGUUUGGAAACAUAUUCGUCAAUGGCACGAAAAAAUGCACUGGUUUAUUGCUCACUGAACAAUGGAUAGUUGCAGACCAUAACUGUUCUAAUUUCAACUUACAGGAAGAUUACAUGGUGAUGGUUCUAGGAAGCGAUAGAGGGCUGGAAAAUAAAAUCAGAGCUUUUUACGAGCAAGUUAUUCGAAUCGAUUACUCGUUGUACGCGGAGAAGCAGGGUGCUAUUGUGAUGCACUUGGAAAAUCCUGCAAAUGUGACUAAAUAUGUGAAACCUUUCCGAAUCGGAAAACUGUACACUUGGGGUUUUGCGCCAAAUAAAAAUGCAGAUUGUUUCAUGAUAGCUGAUGCGAAAGAUCCUGCAAUUAUUCCAGUGAUUCCUGAGGAAGAAUGCUUAUAUAAAAAAUGCCCAUAUAAGCCAACUGAUAAGUCUAUUUUUUGCGAAAUUUAUAAACGAAAUUAUACCCUGAGCUCGUUGAUAUGCAUGUCUCCUCAAAAUACCUGGUACUUGGCUGCACCGAUCAAUAAAAAAUUUGAUGAGUUCUGUUCAACGAAUACACCCACGUUUUCAUUGCAAACAUGGUCCGAUCCUGAUGUUUUCGAAUAUAAUAAUUUCACACCAUACCCAGCUCCGAACUGCAGCACGUACCGUUGCUUAUUAGGAAAUUGCCUGGAAAAAUCAAAACUCUGCGACGGAAAAGCGGACUGUCGAAAUCACGAAGAUGAAACACCAAAAAUAUGCGCCGAAAGAGCCACGUUUUGUAAAUUGGAACAGAUUAAAUGUCCUUGCAAAAUACACGAAUUCAGAUGCAAUAACAUGCGAUGCAUAGAUCAUAAUUCAAUAUGCGAUGGUAAUAACGAUUGCGGAGAUGGAUCUGAUGAACCGGCCGAAUGUUCCAGCUUCAAUUGCGCUACUUACUUGAAUGUAACCAACCCGUCUAAAUUAUGUGACAAUCAUGUCGACUGCUGGGAUAAAAGUGACGAAAAUCCAUACACUUGUACAUCGUUUUGUACAUCCGAAUCACAUUUCAAAUGCCCAAAAUCUGGUCAAUGCAUCCCGUUGGAAUUCGUAUGCGAUGGUGAAAGCGACUGUUCAGCGGGCGAAGACGAAGAAAAAUGUUGGAAAUUGAUCAACAGCGAAGAAAAUUCUAAUGAACCAAAUCUAUUCGUACGAAUUCACGGUGAAUUCCACAAGCAAUGUUUGUCCGCAGAUUUUACCUCCUUUUUACCAGAUGUGGUUUGCAAAGAAUCUGGUUUCAGCAAGAAAAAAUUAGUAAACUUUAUACCAGGAGUUGCGAAUCCGAGUGAUGAAUAUACCUCGGUUAUAUUACACAAUAAUAGAGAUUUCAAACUUAGGGCAAAACCAUUGGUACAAUUCAAUUCUACUGGUACUUGUUCUUAUGUCCAUUUGAAAUGCGAAUAAUAUUUCUAUAGGUAUUGUUGAGAACUAGUUUUUGAAAAAAUGGAAAUAAUUAUUUGAAAACAGAGUGGAAUAGAAUAAAAAAUCCAAAAGUGUAAAAACUAUUUGAACACCUUGUGAGUGAUACCUAACUUUCAAUAAAAUUUCAAUCUCAUCAAA